AUGGAUGAACUCCCUACCCGGCCGCGGCCAAAGAAACCCCUGACCUUGAACACAGUACCGGUCGAGAUUCAGGAAGCCAUCCUCUCUCAUCUCGACAGUAUCAAUACCCUCAAACUCGCGGCUGCAUCGUGUAGGUCUCUGCGAGACCUUUUGUUGUACCACCCGAACGGCAUUAUUAAGGGCGUGCUACGGUCAAGCAUACCUGAUGCUGUGUUUCCUGAAGCUCUUGCAGUGUUUAAAUCCUCACGGCUACCUUCUACAGACACUGAGGCUGUCCAAGCGCUGCUUAACGACUAUUUCAAGUCUCUUGAAAAAGUAGAACAACCAGUGUUUUCUCUAUACGAGGCUACUACUCUAGAGGACUUUCAUCGACUUAUCCGGAGAUUCACUGCUUAUUUUAUUUCUCAAGCGCUUUCCAAGCAUCCUAUCACUGGGGCGGAGGAGGAGCGCCCGCAUCCUGCUAAUAGCCAUGAACGAGCGAGGACGAAACCUCAACGCACGUCUCGGCCGGCGCGCCCGGUCAUCCCCCUUGAAAUCCAGUCGCAGCUCUUCUUUCGUCGCUUUGCCCCCUGGGAGAAUGAACAACUUGCCUGUAUUCAUGAUUUUUUACUGCGGAUUGUUGACAAAGCGUUCAAUGAUGUUGCUGCACACGACGUGGACUGGGGUGAACUGGAUAUUCCGUAUAACAAGGCAGACGAACAUAUCCCUCUCCGCGAACGAGGAUAUGUCAUGUGGAGCCAUAGGAGAUUAUCGCGAUGGGGUUUGCUCAAAACUCCAUGGCAAUUUCCACCCUUCAGUUCUUACCACCAGUCACCAGAGGUUGAGGAGGCGGUGCUCCGAUCGCAUCAACGUAGGACUGAGAUCUGGCUAAAGGGUGGUAGGGGGUGGUGGAGCGAGGACGACGAAACCAUGGCGAAGGGACUCCGAUCUAGUGUCAAGAAGCACAACAAGGCUCUCCUGCGCAAGCAAGUCUUCGGGCCCGCGGCAGAUGCAAGGACAGAGCGGCUCUCCGCCAAACUGCGAGAGUUGGCGGGCGUAUCUAAGGAUGCUAACAUGACCGAUGUUGACCCGAGUAAUACAGAUGCUGCAGAGGCUGAAUCCACGAGUGAUCUAGUGAAAGAUGACGAGCCCACUCCUCUCAAAGUCGAAGGCGGAAUCUCUCGCAAGACCGGUCGAAUUGAAAAGCGCACACGAAGAAAACCACGUAAUACUAUGACCUUUGCGCCACACCCUGGGAAAGUAAAGAGAGCAAAAGCUAGCGCGAGCAAGAAACGAUGA